AUGAUUGCUCUGGUUUCGUUCAUUCUUGCAUUCCUGGCUCCACAGGCUAGCGCUGUUAUCGGAGGAGAUCUUAACUGCACAACCUACAAUGGAACUGCUUUUGUCUGGACUACAGCCGCCACUGCAUGCAGCAAUGUGAUCUCCGAUUCAUCCUGCGCAGUUUUGUACCCAAACCCAGUUCCAGCUGAUGGAUACCCAUCACCAGGCAGGGACCAGCAGAGACCAUUGGCUUGUUAUACUACUGCUACGGCUACUCCAGCUGCUGUAGUUCAAGACAUGAAGACUGCAGCUCAGAGCACAUGCCCAAGAACUUGCGGAUUAUGUUGUCAAACUAGUGCUUACAGUUGCCCAAAUGUUGCCUACCCCCGUCUCAACUGUGCCUCGAUCACCGCCUCUCAAUGCAUCUCCCCAGCCUGGAGAACAAUCAUAGCCACGGACUGCCCAUCUGCCUGCGGAUUCUGCAACCAAGGAGGAUGUGUGGAUGCCGUUCCUGACUGCUCCAAUGACAUCACCAUUUGCAAUGCCAUCGGCCUUCAGACUUUCGUGAACGCCAACUGUCAGAGAACUUGCAAUAGAUGUGCCUCGUCAACAACUACUCUUUCUUCAUCUUCCUUGACCUGCUCCUCAUACAUCGCCGACUCGAGCACUGCAUGCAGAGCCUGGUCUCUGAACGGAUUCUGCACCAACACCUUCUACACCCUCGCGCAAAGAAGAUCAUACUGCGCCUCCACUUGCAGAAUCUGCUAG